AUGUCGAGCCAAGCGGUCGCCAAAGCUGCCGGCGGCUUGGUGUCAAUCACCAAGUCCUCCGGUCUCUGGGAGGGGAUCCGCAAGGUCUUCGCCAUCGACGCCAACCGAUCCAAUGGUGUGCCCCUCAACCCUCACAACCGAAACCCAGCUCCCGGCUCCAACGACCCGUUGGCCUACGACGACCCCGUUACCGUCCCAGCUGGCGACAUCGCCGACAACCCGUACUGGAAGCGUGACAACCGCCGUCACUACCCUGCCACCAGCACCAUCGGUCAGGCUCAGCUCGCCAGCCUCCUGACCGUCGGCAGCGCCGCUCAGCCCAAGGUCGAGCUCAUCGGCCAGGCGGGCGAGCAGGCUCUCGUGGCCGCCAAGCAAGAGGGCGAGGCCGGUCUGGCCAAGGCCCUGGAGAAGGUCCCUGCUGCCGCUCCCAAGGACCUCUUCGUUGGCGGACUGCCACCUACUCCCAGCGGUACCAGCUUGGCCUCGGGCGAGUGGGAUGUCCACAAGUACUCUCUGACGGAACGAUCAUACCCCGAAGGGUAA